CUGAGCAUUGACGAGGUGCACUUGUGUCGGGUCGGUUUGAACACACACACGAAGGUUUAGCUGCAGCUUUGUUACCCCACUAUAAACGGCCACACCCACCAUGUUUAAAGUCGUCUGCCUCAUUGUCUUGGCCCAGUGUUGGGUCCUUGUCAGCGCGGGCAUCACGUGUGACCCCGACAUCCCCUCCAGGCCUAUGUUACCAGACGGCGCCAACAUCAGCACCCCCAACUGCACGGCCGGUCAGUUCUGGAACAACAGCAAGUGUGACUCCUGCCCCGAGGGUUACUUCAGGACCAAGAAGAUGGCCGGGCUCCCCUUGCAGUACGCCUGUCGGAUGUGUCUUGCCGUCAAUGAUACCAAACACGAAGUGAUGAAAGAGAAAUGCAACAAAACAAGGGACACAGACAUUCUAUGCAAGCCUGGCUACUUCAGGGAACGUAACUCUACCAACCUCUGCAACUCUACGUGCAAGGCAUGCGACCUUUGCGGUACGGGGGAGAACCUGGGCUUGAACUACGCCAUCAGAGUCUGUUUUGGCUACGACAACGUCCUAUGCUGCAAGCACGCAGACGAUGUUAUUAUCAACGGUCAAUGUGCCAGCAAGUCGGAGGUCAAGGGCGAUGGGAACAGCUCCGACGUGCUCAUUGGUAGUUUGUUUUGUACCUUCAUGAGUCUUAUAUUUCUUCUAACCUGCCAUAUUGUACAAAAAUAGAUUCAUUUUUUU